AAACACCAUGGAGCGCUCGCACUCUGCUCGAGUGACACAGCUGGGCGAGCUGGUGACGGGCCGCCGCUACCUGUUGCUCACAGUAUUAGCCACGGGCAUCGCCGCUGCAAGCGCAGCGCAGCGGCUGCGCAACCUCCCUCCCUCGGAGUCUCUGUCGUCCGCGACACAGCUCUUCGUCGCAGAGCUCAUGAGCUCGCGCAUCAGUGCGAUGAUCGUGCUACACUUCCUCCUGGUGGCCAUGUACCAUGCCUUCCUGCUACUGGCGCGUGCGGCGUUGGGUGCGCUGCGGCCGCUGGAACUGCAGCUGACGAAGGAAACGCUCAUCCCAUUUGUCCUGCUGCGUUGCCAGCUGCUGGUGAGCACGAUGGAGCCUGGUGGGCAGCGAAUGGAGAUAGGGAUGCUCGUGGUGUGGCUCGCUGCGUUGGCAGUGCUUCGCGCGCUGUUGGCGUUGACCCAAGCGAGGUUCCAGCACCUCCUGACUCGGCCCAUGACGCAGCUGGGGGACUUGCAGCGCCUUGGAGCAGUAUUGGGCGGUGUUAUCUUGCUGAAUCUUGGGCUAGCGGCGACGUGUUCGCGUCUAAGCCUCUUUUCGGAUAGAAUCGUACACGUGCCGUGGUUUGAGGCGUCACUUAUGCUGCUGAAGACGCUGGAACUAGGUGUACAGGUCGGUUUCCAGAGUCUCGACGUGCGUGCAGCUUCUUUCUCGGAGGAAGACGACUCUGGACCGGGAUACUCGGAGAACAGCGAGUUCCACUUGCUCCUGCUACAGACUGUGUUAUCUGGCUGCUACUUGGUGCAGCUGGUGUUGUAUUAUCUCUAUGUUAUCAGCGUUGACCAGUUCCGAGUGAGUCUCUUUGAUCUGAUCCUGAUCCUCAACGUGAAGAACGCGACAGUGCGGCUGCUAGACAAGAUCAAGCAUGUGAAGUUGUAUCACCAGGUGGUGCUGGAUCUGGAUCACCUGUUCCCUGACGCUACAUCUGACGAGCUGGAGAGCGUGGCCGACGAUGUGUGCGCGAUCUGCUUGAAGUCAAUGCCUACACAAGCCAAGAAGCUGCGCUGUGGCCACCUUUUCCAUCGACUAUGUCUGCGUCAAUGCCUUCAGAAGGCGUCGGUGAGCGAUGCUAUUGCAGGACUGGACCCGUUGACGCGCAUGGCCAAUGGUCUGGGUAUGGAAGGUCCGCUACCACCUGCUGCGGGUGGUUCCAGUAGUAGCUCAACUUCCAUGCGCUGUCCGAUUUGCCGUAAGCAAGUGUGCGGUGGAAAAUGUGAUGAAAUGACUUCUGUUGAGCCCGAGCAGCACCACACUCGCCAGCCUGAAGCGGAAGCAGCGGAGACUCCACAAGCCGGACAGCAACUCGCCAUUCCACAACAACAACCACAGGCGCAACCAGCUGCAGGUCCAGGUGCUGCCGCUCCCGAGGAAGUGCUUCGCUUCAGCACGGCGUUCCUGUCACGGUGGGUGCCAUUCCCGAACUUCUCAUUCGAGAUCGUCCGACAUCGCGGUGUGCGCAACUUCGAGGUGACGCAGGAAAUGCUUCAACAGAUCUGGGAGGUCUUCCCUCAGUAUACUCCAGAGGAGAUUCGAGCGGAUCUUACUCGCACGAGAUCGGUUGAACGCACGAUGGAGCGGAUUCUAAACGGACGGUUGGACGAACAGCGGCUGGCGAUGGAACAGCGCAACACAGAUCGUGCGGACAUGGAUGCAGGCGGUGUACUCGGUGAUGCCGUUAUUGAUCUGGGCGAGGAUUUUCGAUGGAGCCUCUCGACAUUAGCGUCAGCAUUGUGGGGUUCCAACGUUCAAGCACGAGCACCUACACCAGUGACAGAAGCUGCCUCUGCGUUGCCUCGUCAGCAAGCUACCAAUGUUGCUCCUGUUGAUGAAAACCUACGUCAUGAACGUGGCGAAGCUGAAAGAGAGCCGCUGUUGCAUCGGCUAGAGCGUUGGCGUGGUCAACGACCAGCAUAAGACUAUUUCGUUUCAUGACAUUUUCAUGCUGAUGCAGUAUCAACGUCGGCUUUAUUUUGGAUUAUUGAUGAAGACGAUGCUCAGUAAAUCUCCAGCUCAACAUUCGGAUCGACGGCGUACACGGACUUGUACUUGUUGAAUAGCUUUUGAAGUGCCUCAACGUACUGGAUAUGGUACUUCUGCACGUCUUCCUUGGUCGGAUGUUCGAUACGGGGCAAUAUCAGUGCUUCUCCUACGACGGUGAUGAGAUCCACAUCGGUACAAGGCAGAAAGAAGCAUUGCGGUAGACCGAAGAAGAGUACCCCCGGUAUCUUGAACUCGUUCAGUUUAAGACGAAAGUUAAGUAGAUACGGGAAAGUAUGAUAAGCAUACUCCUCGCCGAACGUGUACACUGGAUGCACCUUGUAUCCGUGUUGCAAGGCCAAUUUGAUGAAUCCAAAGCGUUUCUUGAUGUACACACGAUGUUUGCCUCGCUCGUAGAGUGUUGCCUCCUCGAAUCCUCCAGGGAUUAAACACACAUUUUGACCCGUGGCCAUGAAGCGAUGGAAAGUUGAUCUAGACACGCAACUGAAAUCCAUCCAGUUCAACAAGUCCCUCAUAACGGGGAACCAAAAGAGGUUCUCAGCUACGAGCCAUCGACAGUGUGCAUGCAAGAACCCCAUGUGGUGUGCUCCGUUGAAGGCGAAUCCAGCCGAGAGGACGCCGUGCGGGUGGAAGGCGAACAGCGCGCGAUCGUCGGGUUUCACGAAUGGCGAUAAAUCAUUUUCUUCAAUUGCCUUGGUGGCAAUUUCCUUGUUGCAGUGGCCGUCUUCACGAGAAUUCUUCGAGUAUUUUGCAUUCUCAUGUUCUUCAAACACCAAGACGUUGAGACGGAAGUAUGGGUAAUGUAGGAAAACCUGUCGAAAGAAACGCCUCAUAAAUGGCCACUGGUGCAGCGAUGGUCUGGUGAGGUAGUGGUAGCUUUCGUGGAGGACGAUAAAGCCCAAGUAAAUCUGCGCUGAAAAUGGCAUCGGAGGAGCAUCGUCACGUGUAGCUCGUCUCCAGAUCCAUUGCGCUAAGCAGAAUAGCGAGAAGAUCCACAUCACGGCGAAAAACAGGAGACCAAUGACCCAGAGACCAUAGAGAGCCGUGAGGUGGAAGCGGCGCAAGAAUCUCCCUCGCAGCGUACGCAACUCCGGACGGGCAUCAAAGUCUGGCCACGCAGGCGUACGACCGCAAGCCACAUUCGUGAGCCUUGCCAUCACUUCGUUUCCACACACAAUGGCGAGCUCGACCUUUCGGAGGCGUCAUAAAGAUCGUUUCGGUGCGUAUUUGCACGUCUCUAGUAAUUCAUGUAUCAUUUGUCAUCUGGCAACAUGACAGCCUAAUGCACGCACGUCAUGUAUAAUUCGAAUUGCUUACCACCUUC